GUUCGAUUGAAAGUAGGGCUUUGGCCUCAUGACCCCAACCAAGCCCCGCCUCUUCCUGGUUGUCUUAGCGACGACGGUGGCGUCCCAAGAUGGCGUCGUGGCUGCCGGAGAUUCUGUUCGAAAUUGUAGGACAAGGCAAAGCGCCGAGCAAAGACUACUACCAGAUGUUGAUCACCCGCUCCCAGGUCAUCUUUAGAUGGUGGAAGAUUUCUCUAAGGAGUGGGUAUCAAUCAACAAAACCUGGAGAAUUAAAAGAAUCUCAUGAAGACUUCCGAGAGAAUUCACAUCUUCAGAUUCAAAUUGCCUUGGUGUUUGGUGCAAGAAUAUUGGACUAUGUCUUCAAUUUGUGUGAAGGUAGAAUUGACUUCCUUGAGCGGCUCUCAGACAAUUUGCUCAUGAGAAUCAUUUCUUAUCUGGGCAUUGAAGAUAUUGCCAGCCUUUGUCUCACAUCACACAGAUUUUCAAAGCUGUGCACAUCUGACAAACUGUGGGAGCCAAUAAUUGAGGCCUCUGGUGAAAUCACCCCUGCCAUGAAGGCUCUGGCCCAGGACCAGGGUUGGAGACAAAAGUUCUUCAUUCGAAAGUUGCAUCUCUGCGAGAAGCAAAAUCAGGAAAGCCAGGCAGACAGUCAGUGAUAGGGAUGUUGAGGCAUGGCUGCGUUUUUCUGCUGUGUCCAUAUCUCUUCUGUUUCCUUUCAUUGAAAACUAGGAGGCAUUGCUGGUUCAAGGAGUCAUCUGAAAAGCACAAAGUACUUACUCACAGAUGCAGCAAACCCCACUCUGCAGGGCCUUGCCUGAACCACAGUCCUUCCGGUGAAGGUGAAGGUGAAGGUCAAAUCAUGGCCCGCACAAGGGCUGAAAGACAGGAAGCCCACCAGCGAUGUCUUCCCCAUCCUCCAACACCCAAAGGAAAAAAGGCUGCUUCUGCAAUAAAUGGCUACCAGUGGAUUUUUUAUUACAUAUCUGUUUCAUCUAGGCAUUGGAAAAGGGAACCAAGCUUUUAAAUUCUUUGCUGAUGGUAUGUCAUCUGAAUCCAUUCAUGGAGCAGGGGCCACGUGUCGCCAGAGGGGCAAUGGCCUGGGGGUGGCACUCCCAUGAGUGCCACUGUCUUCCCAAUUCUGUUCCUUGUAGUUUGCAUUCAGGACCUGGUCCUGUGGGCCCGGGAUGCUGGGCAUCAUCUCACCAUGCAGACAACCCCUGCCCUGGCCCUGGGGUAUGGCCAUGCAGACAACCUACGACCAGGCCAGGCAUGCUCCUUGCAGAUCUUGUUUAGAGCUCAGCCUCCUAGGACUUCACAUUGCCAAAUAAACCUAUAAAUAUUUCCUAGAGGGAUGUGUUUCCCAAAGGAUGUGGACAGUUACCACUCUUAUAACUGUGAUUUUUUUAAAAAAAUAUAUUUUUAUUGAUUUUUUACAGAGAGGAAGGGAGAGACAUAGAGAGUUAGAAACAUCGAUGAGAGAGAAACAUCGAUCAGCCGCCUCCUGCACAUCUCCCACUGGGGAUAUGCCCGCAACCAAGGUACAUGCCCUUGACCGGAACCGAACCCGGACCUUUCAGUCUGCAGGCCGACGCUCUAUCCACUGAGCCAAACCGGUUUCGGCAAUAACUGUGAUUUUUAAGAACACAAGCUGUGGGUAACUGUGUAAAAACCUGUGGUUUGUAUUCUUUUAACUUAGCAAAGGAGCAAAAACACUACAGUUUUAGGGGAGGGAAUGCCACCUUGCUGAGAUGGGUUAUUUAAAAAUAGUUUUCUUCUUGCGCUCUCGUGAGGUUUAAGUCCCCCAAUGAACUCAUAGCAGUGGAUAAUCUCAUGACUCCUUUCAGGUUGCAGAACAAAGUAGCUUUCAACCUCACAACACCUUUCUAACCUCAUUUAUUCAUUCCUGCAGCCUCUACUUUGCUACCUAGAAAACAAUGACAUAUGUAGCCCUCCACCCCACGUCCUCCAUGUCAGAGGGACUCCCCUGAUGCAGUGGGACCUCCCCAAAAGUGCAGAAGAGGUGAACUGCUGGCUGUCCUCCUCCUAGAUUCUUCUAGAAUGGUUUCAUAGCUAUGGCUUAGUGACAGAUAUUUUUUCUUUUUUUUUUUUAAUCUUCACUCAAGGAUAUUUUUCCACUGAUUUUUAGGGAGAGUGGAAGAGAGAGGGAAAGACAGAAAGAAACCUUGAUGUGAACGAACACUUCGGUUGGUUGCCUCCUACAUGUACCCCUAUCUGGGCCGGGCCAGGGAGGAGCCUGCAACCAAGUUGACUGGAAUUGAACUCAGGACUCUUUGGUCUGAAGGCCGAUGUUCUAUCCACUGAGCAAACUAGCUAGGGCUUUUUUUGUUUGUUUCUUAACUAAACCUGUGUUAAUAGCAAAUCAGAUUUUAACCCCCAUUCACAUAUACCCUUAUCCCUUGGUCAUAGAUUCCCGGGGACAUCUGUGAAAUCAAAUGUCAGCUGCUGCCUUGCAGGUGCAGAGCCUGUCAAAGUCAUGUCUGAAUUUAGUCCAAGUAUAGAGCAAAAAUCUUAAUUGGCGAGAGACCCAGGCCUUGUUCUCUGCUCAGGAGUGGUCCUGCGAGGUGUAGGGUGACUGGCAGGCAGGCAGAGGACACCUGGUUCUGCACGGCUCCUGCUGCCUACUGGUAUUUCUCCCUGAAGUUCCUUCACUUUUGGCCAGGUUUUCAGUGACAGAACACAGGUCAGUACCAUGUGUGUGCAGCAUUUAUGUGGAUGUACAAUUUGGUAUGUCAACAUAACUGUAUGAAUAUAAAAUUACAACUCAUUUGUUGCAUUGAUGCAAAAUGUUAACAGCUCAAAACUGUCAUGGAUUGUGUUUUAUCAACUAACAGAUUCUAAAAGCUUAUGGGUGUGCAUAAUGUAGAUUCAACAGGAAUCAGUGAGAACACACAUUUGGCCACUGGAAAACUUUUAGUAUCUGUAUAUAAUACUGUAAUAUAAAAAUAGAUGCUAAAGGUAAAUAAUUAAAAUGUUAUUAAUGUGUUGAUCAUUGUUAAAGAAUAGGUUUAAAACAUAGAUUACUAGAUUAUUAAGGUAUAAUUAUUUGCCUUAAUAAUUUGGGUGCCUUAUUACCUGGCAAUCAUUAUUUUUGCCAAAACAUGAACAAUAUCAUCGACCUAAAAUCCUGCAUCCUCUGGGGUGGAAACAUUUGCCCUCCCCCCUCCUCCUUUCCUUGUUAGAUCCUCAUGACAAGCCAUCAAGUGAAAAUAUGGCAAUGCUUUGCCUCUCUAUUGACAGCUUUCAUGGGGAUAGAUAAAUCUGCUUUGUUUAUGACACACCACUUCAGAGUGAAAUGCCACAGCAUUUUAUAAUCUUGCUCUUUCUCAUCUUUCCAGUGAAAAGUGUUUCUACUGUUAUCAUUUACCAUUGUAACUACCAAAGUAAAAUAUUGAUUUUUUUAAUGUUUUAUAUGCUUUAAAGUUAGAACAAUUUAUUAACGACAAAUGUGAAUAUUUAAUUUAUAAACUAAAAAAAUAAAUAUAUUUUACCUAA